AGGAUGUACCGCAAGGAGCGGAGCGUCCCGCUGAAGAGCAGCAGCUCGGCGCUGUACAACAACCUGAGCGUGCUGCCCCUGCGCGACAAGCAGCUCACCUACUUCGCCGCCGUGCACGGCAGCGCCGUCAGCCUGGCCAGCGCCUCGGCCGACGGGCUCAGCGUCUCCCACCGCCAGCUGCAGGCCAAGGAGGGCGGCCUGGCGGUCAGCGCCUCCAUCGUCACCCAGGCCUCCUGGUGUGUCCUGCCUUCUCGAGUUCUCCUAGUCCUGACCUCUCAGAAAGGCAUCCAGAUGUACGAGUCAGACGGCUCCAUCAUGGUUUAUUGGCAUGCCCUGGAUGUCUUGGAACCACCGUCAGCCCAGGCAGUGUUUGCUCGAGGGAUCGCUGCUGCCAGUGGGCGCUUCAUCUGUGUGGGGACUUCGUCGGGACUGGUGCUGGUGUUUGACAUCCCCAGCAAGGGAACAAACAUCACGCUGAGCGAGGUCCUGCAGGAGCAUCACGACUCCAUCACUGACAUCGCCUCGGAGGUCGGUGAGAACCCGGAUGGAGCUGCUGAUCUGGUGACUGCAGAUGACUCUGGGGCCCUGUGUGUCUGGAGAUCCAAGGAGGAGUUCUCCCUGCUCACCAAAAUCUCUGCCUUUGGGUGGACCUGCUCCUCGGUGAAGCUGUGGAACGGGGUCAUUGCUGCUGGCUAUGGGAAUGGGCAGAUCCGGCUGUACGAGGCCACGAGCGGGGCCCUGCGUGCCACGGUCAGCGCCCACGCUCGCUGGAUCUACGCCCUGGACCUGGCCCCCCUGACGGGGAAGCUGCUGUCGGGUGCCGAGGAUUCCUAUGUCCAGAUCUGGAAACUCAGCCGGAGCCCAGACACCGGCGACAUCGAGAUCGAGCACUGCCACUCGGAGUGCGUGACUGACACCCAGCUCUGUGGCGCCCGCUUCUGUGACCCUGAGGGAAACUCCUUCGCUGCGACCGGCUACGACCUCAGCGAGAUCGUCCGCUAUGGCCAGGUCUAGGCUGCCCGGCUGCAGGGGGGCUGUGAGCACAGGGCGGGGAGGUACCUGCAGGCACUGUGUGCUGCAGCAUGUCCCAGCCCCCCUGCAGCUGCCUCCGGGACUCUGUGCAGACCCCUGGCUCCCGUUGCACAGGGGCUGGGGCCGCUGCAUGCAGCUGAGGAUGCCCCCCACCUGGGUGGGGAUCAGACAGGUGGGAGUGUAGGGGCAGACAGGUGGGGGCCCAGAUCUCUUCAAACUUCAGAGUCCCUCUGGCCAGAUGCCUGCCCACACCCCAAGGCUGCUCAUCUCCCCCCUCUCCUGCCUCCAUGAUCUUUCUUCCCUGUGGGCAGGCAGCUGCCGUGUCCUGCCUGCCACAGCUCUGUCGUGCUGGGCCCCUUGCCCAAGGUGCCUGCAGGCUGUGAUUCCCCUCUGCUCCUGUAUGGAGCCCAGAGCCUGGAGAGGUGCAGAGCCGGGCCCCGGGGCAGGCCCUGAGUUGGGGGGUAGGGACAGUAGCUGAGGAGGUGCAGAGCCGGGUACCACAGGCAGGCCCUGAGUUGGGGGGCGGGCAGUAGCUGAGGAGGUGCAGAGCCGGGCCCCUCCGCGGCAGGCCCUGAGUUGGGGGGUAGGGACAGUAGCUGAGGAGGUGCAGAGCCGGGUUCCCCCCCCGCCCCCGGCAGGCCCUGAGUUGGGGGUGCGGCAGUAGCUGAGGAGGUGCCAUCCUUCAUUCCAAGGCAGGAGCAAACGAAUCCCUGCUGCCGUGGGGCCCACCUGGCUCCUUUCCUCCCCUGAACUCGGGCUGCAGAGAGCUCUCGCUGGGGCACAGACCCUGGGCCACUGUACAGCAGCUGGGUCCUUGCCCUGGGGUGUCUGGGGCAGGCGCAGCUGUCACCACUCUGCUUUCCAGGCCCCUGUAGCAUCCCCGGGGCCAUAGUCUCACCUCCAUCUCGGCACAGCCCCAUGUCUGUGCCAAAGCCCCAUCGCUACUCAGCCAUUGCACAGCUUCUGAGCAGGCCCCAAGCUCGGAGAGCAGGCGGCACCGAAUGGGGCUGGCGGUGUGAGAGGCAGUGUGUCCGAGAACACAGAGCACCUGACCGGGACUCAGGAGACCUGGGUCUGCCAGGGGCCUGCUGCAUGACCUUGGGCAAGACCUUGCUCUGUGCCUGUUUCCCCAUCUGUAAAAUGGGGACAGCCACACUGCCCUCCCCUGUAAAGCACGGUGAGCCCUACAGCUGGAAAGUGCUAACCAAGAGCUAAUACCAUGAUCUGAACAGAUUUGAUUUUGGCCUCAUCCUCUCAGCUGCCUAGAGGGGGUGCCAGCUCAGUGACCACGCAGCUGGGGACAGGCAGGGCACGCUGGCCUGACAUGGGAACAGCUGCUGGGCUCAGCUCCCCCAGGACAAGGAAGCUGCAGGAUGUGGGCUCCCCCCAGGAGCCCCUCACGGGCUGGAUUGUCCCUGCAUGGCCCCUGGCUCUCAGUCCCAGAUACUGCCCCCUGCAGAGCUGCCGGGAGGAGAUUGGAGCUGGCAUGGCCUGGCUCAGGGGAGCCCCUCUCCAAGAGGGGGUGACAUGCCCCUUUGGGCACAGGCUACAGCCCCUGCUGCCCCAGCCUGCCGAGAAGGUUCUCAGGUCAUGGAGUGUUUGAGGCUGGGGGUGGGGGUCCCUUGGAAAUGCUUGUCACUCAGGGCAGGUGCCCCUCCUGCAGGGCAGUUAGUUUAGAAAGCCAGGGACCCCGGCAAGCAGCACAGACCCCCCUGGAUGGCCCGAGAGGCCGGCGUUCUCCUGCUGUCGGGAAAAGUGCAUGACCUUUCCCUUCCUCUGCUGCUGUUGGGUGGGGGCCUCAGCCUGCCGCUAGCGUCUGGUGUCCUUUACCAUGGUACCAAUAGACCUAAUUAGACACAGUGCUGGAGUAGGGGGUUAACCCCGCUGGCUGGGCUAAGUCCUGUUCAGUGCCCCAUAGCCCCUGUAGUGUGUUAAACGCAGCACGCUUUGACCCUGCCGUGUAGCGUUUGUGGGGGCUGUUAAACAGCCACCAGUGCUCACCCUAGAGGUGGCUGCAUUUCACCAGUGGGUGCAUGUAGAGUGUUGGAGGUGAAGUGAAACUUGCUGUCUCUCCUCCAACCCAGCCCUGCUGGCACGAGGCUUUGAAACCCCCGCCCCUCCUGAAACUGCCCCUGGGCCCGUCUGUUGUCUCUGUCUUGGCCCUGGGCUCUAUCAUCCCCUCUGCUGUGCCUGGUCCUGCAGCACGCGCAGAGGAGCAGUGCCCGGGCUCCCUGCCACUGGCAGUACCACGGCCCAGCAGCCCCUCCACAGCUUCGCUCUGGGGCCCAGGGCGUGCUGCUGCUGCUGCCAUAAAUCAGCUUGAACCCUC